UUCCGGCGCGGCGCUGCCACUUCCGGGCGGUAGCGGCGGUGGCGGCGGCAGGAUGGUGCUGCUCCACGUGCUGUUCGAGCACGCCGCCGGGUACGCGCUCUUCGCCGUGCGGGAGGUGGAGGAGAUCAGCCUGCUGCUGCCGCAGGUGGAGGAGAGCGUCCUCACCAUCGGCAAGUUCCACAAUGUGGUGAAGCUCGUGGCCUUCGCCCCCUUCAAGUCGGCCCAGAGCGCCCUGGAGAACAUCAACGCCGUGUCCGAGGGGAUCCUGCAUGAGGACCUGCGGCUCCUGCUGGAGACCUCCAUGCCGGCCAAGAAGAAGAAGGCGCUGCUGGGGGUCGCCGACGCCAAGAUCGGGGCGGCCAUUCUGGAGGAGCUGGGCUACCAGUGCCAGACCGGGGGGGUCGUGGCCGAGCUCCUGCGGGGGAUCCGCCUGCACUUCCAUGCGCUGGUGAAGGGCCUCACUGCCCAGUCGGCCUCCAAGGCCCAGCUGGGCCUGGGGCACAGCUACUCCCGGGCCAAGGUGAAGUUCAACGUGAACCGUGUGGACAACAUGAUCAUCCAGUCCAUCAGCCUCCUGGACCAGCUGGACAAGGACAUCAACACCUUCUCCAUGCGCGUGCGGGAGUGGUACGGGUACCACUUCCCCGAACUGAUCAAGAUCGUCUCUGAGAACUACACCUACUGCCGGCUGGCCAAGUUCAUCGGGAACCGCAAGGAGCUGAGCGAGGAGAGCCUGGAGGGGCUGGAGGAGAUCGUCAUGGACAGUGCCAAGGCGCAGGCCAUCCUGGAGGCCUCCCGCUCCUCUAUGGGGAUGGACAUCUCCCCCCUCGACCUCAUCAACAUUGAGAGCUUCUCCAGCCGUGUCAUCUCGCUGUCCGAGUACCGCAAGGGCCUGCAGGAAUAUCUCCGCUCCAAGAUGAGCCAGGUGGCUCCCAGCCUCUCGGCCCUCAUCGGGGAGGUGGUGGGCGCCCGCCUCAUCUCGCACGCCGGCAGCCUGACGAACCUGGCCAAGUACCCGGCCUCGACGGUGCAGAUCCUGGGGGCCGAGAAAGCCCUCUUCAGGGCUCUGAAGACGCGAGGGAACACUCCCAAGUACGGGCUCAUCUUCCACUCCACCUUCAUCGGGCGAGCGGCUGCCAAGAACAAGGGGCGCAUCUCCCGCUACCUGGCCAACAAAUGCACCAUCGCCUCCCGCAUCGACUGCUUCUCAGAAGUCCCCACCAGCGUCUUCGGGGACAAGCUGCGGGAGCAGGUGGAGGAGCGCUUGGCCUUCUACGAGACGGGGGAGCCGCCCCGCAAGAACCUGGAGGUGAUGAAGGAAGCCGUGGUGGAGGCGAGCGAGGUGGUGGCUGAGGUCAAGAGGAAGCAGGAGAAAAAGGAGAAGAAGAAGAAAAAACGGGAGAAGCGGCGGCUGGAGGCCCUGGCUGCGGCUGCGGAGGAGAAUGCGGUGCUGGAGAUGGAGGAAAACGACAUUGAGCCCAAGAAGAAGAAAAAGAAGAAGAAGAAGGAGCAGGAGCUGGAGGCCGAAUCGGAGCAGGAGCCGGAGGAGAACGGGCUGGAGGAAGAGGCCUUGCCCAAGAAGAAAAGGAAACUAAUGGUCGAGCCUGAUCAGGAGGAGGAGGAGGGGGAGAAGAAGAAGAAGAAAAAGAAGAAGAAGGAGAAGGCCAGGGACUCGGAGGAGGACUAGGGCAGAGGCGCUGGAGCCAGGCCCUGCUCCAGCAGUUUGGACUCACGGACUAAGCAGGGGCUCAGCCCCUGGCCCGGCCGCCAGCGUUUAGGGCAGCUGCGUGCCCCGCAGCGUGACACAGCGGGGCGGCCGCAUUAAACGCGUUCUGGCACCUCGUGCUCUGGAGGGGUCCCUGUGGUUGGGCCAAGGCGCCGGCAGCCCCCAAGGCAGCGCUUGACCCUCGCUGUGCCUCCCACAAGGGUGGUGCUUCCUGCAGUGGCCGUGCCUCUACCCCCCCGUGGCCCCUUCCUGGGGGGCUCCGGCUGCGUGUGGCCUCUGCCAUGGGGCUGUGCCCACAGCCCGUGUGGGGCAGGGAACGGCUCUGUGUGACCGACCCUCAAUAAAGGGCGGAGGUUGUUGA